UCCUCCUGAUGAGGUUACUAGCAGGCAGACAGUUUCACUCCCCUGGCUGUGGCCUGCCUCCUCAAGAGAAAAGAAAGAAAAAGAAAAAAAGAUGUCGGCGUCGGGGGUGCCGCUGGCGUACCAGGGCUCGGCGUCGGCGCCGGAGUGGCUGAACAAGGGGGACAACGCGUGGCAGCUGACGGCGGCGACGCUGGUGGGUCUGCAGAGCUUCCCGGGUCUGGUGGUGCUCUACGGCGGCGUGGUGAAGAAGAAGUGGGCCGUGAACUCGGCCUUCAUGGCGCUCUACGCCUUCGCCGCCGUCUGGAUCUGCUGGGUCACCUGGGCCUACAACAUGUCCUUCGGCGACAAGCUGAUCCCCAUCUGGGGCAAGGCCCGCCCCGCGCUGAACCAGGGCUUCCUCGUCGGCCAGGCCGGCCUGCCGGCCACGGCGCACUACCACGCCGACGGGACGACCAUCGAGACGCCGGCGGCGGAGCCCCUCUACCCCAUGGCCACCGUGGUCUACUUCCAGUGCGUGUUCGCCGCCAUCACGCUGGUCCUGAUCGCCGGGUCGCUGCUGGGGCGGAUGAGCUUCCUGGCGUGGAUGCUCUUCGUGCCGCUCUGGCUCACCUUCUCCUACACCGUGGGCGCCUUCUCCGUCUGGGGCGGCGGCUUCCUCUUCCAGUGGGGCGUCAUCGAUUACUGCGGCGGGUACGUGAUCCACCUCUCCGCGGGGUUCGCCGGCUUCACCGCCGCCUACUGGGUGGGCCCGCGCGCGCAGAGGGACCGCGAGAGGUUCCCGCCCAACAACAUCCUCUUCACGCUCACCGGCGCCGGGCUGCUGUGGAUGGGGUGGGCGGGCUUCAACGGCGGCGGGCCCUACGCCGCCAACACGGUGGCGUCCAUGUCGGUGCUCAACACCAACGUCUGCACGGCCAUGAGCCUCAUCGUCUGGACCUGCCUCGACGUCAUCUUCUUCGGCAAGCCCUCCGUCGUCGGCGCCGUCCAGGGCAUGAUCACCGGCCUCGUCUGCAUCACGCCCGCCGCAGGUGUGGUGCAGGGCUGGGCGGCGCUGGUGAUGGGGGUGCUCGCCGGCCUGCUCACGGGCCUCCUCGCGGACCCCACCCUCUGCAACCUCUUCCUGCCCGUCACCAACUCCCAGGGCGCCUUCUACGGCGGCGUCGGCGGCGCGCAGUUCGGCAAGCAGCUCGCCGGCGCGCUCUUCGUCAUCGGCUGGAACGUGGCCGUCACCUCCAUAAUCUGCGUCGCCGUCAACGCCGUCGUCCCGCUGCGCAUGCCCGAGGACAAGCUCCUGGUCGGCGACGACGCCGUGCACGGCGAGGAGGCCUACGCGCUCUGGGGCGACGGCGAGGUCUACGACAGCACCAAGCACGGCGUCGACGAGACCGAGCACGGCGGCCGCGCCGCCGUCGCGCCCGUAGCGACUCCCCCCAACUGAUGAUGGGAGAUUGCCCGCGCAUUAAUGCAUGAUCAUUGAUGUAUAUUGCUCCGCCGAUCGUGUUAACCGACCGGCCGUCGUGAAGAAACCAAGCGAUACUAGCAGGCUUCAGGUUUUGGUCUUCUGAAUCUUUAUUAAUGUUCGUCAGCUGCGACGUGUAAAAUACGUUCUGUUUUUCUUCUUCAUUCAGAUCAAAGGCAUGUAAAUCAUAUUGACACAAUGCAAGCAUGAAUGCAUGUAAUGGGUCAAGAAGCAAGUCUGUCCAUAACAAGUUUGUUCGUUCGUUGUGCA